AUGUCGCUGGAGCAUCCGAUCCAGCAACUCAUCCACACGUAUCACGAGCUGAACGUGAGCGCCGUCGACGAGUUGCACCGCGUGCCCAGCGCCCUUGAGUUCUCGCGCUUUGUGCGCAAAAAUAGACCAUUCGUGGUCCGAAAUGCUGCCUGGGAUUGGCCGGCAGUCCACGCAUGGGACGCAGCAUACUUAACCCAGACCAUGCUGGGCCAGUUGGUCAAUGUUGCCUGCACGCCGAAAGGGAAUGCGGAUGCCAUCGUGGAAGAUGAACUUGGUGGUCUUAUGUACGUCGAGCCGUAUGAGACAUCGGAGGCAUUCGAGGAUUUUUUGAAGUACGUGCAGGAGGAUACCAGUCUGCUCCAGACAGGUCGCUCGGACACGCCCGCGGCGAGGACUGUAAAGUACGCACAAACUCAGAACGACAAUCUGCGCGGCGAAUACUCGAAUCUUUUCGCAGACGUGCCUCCUGACAUCUCAUACGCGACUCUUGCGCUGGAGCAGGAACCUGAUGCGAUCAACUUCUGGCUGGGGAAUGAGCGAUCCACGACUUCGCUGCACAAGGACAACUAUGAGAAUAUCUAUGUGCAGGUCCGCGGCCAGAAGCAUUUUGUGCUUUUGCCACCUGUUGACAUGCCUUGCGUGAACGAGAAGCCAGUGGCCUGCGGGCGAUAUCAGCCCUCGUCGGAGACCAGCCUGGAGUUCGAACCCCGUCUACAGGCGGAUGCAGAACCUGUUCCCGUACCUACAUGGGACCCGGACGAACCACAAACGCGUGCCACUGAAUUCUCAUCGUUGUCAAAGCCGACGAGGAUUUCAUUGAAUGAAGGCGACAUGUUUUACCUGCCCGCAAUGUGGUAUCACAAAGUCAGCCAAAGCCCCGGUCCUGAGGGCUUUUCUUGCUCUGUAAAUUACUGGUACGACAUGUCAUUUGACGGGGUUUUCUGGGCCCAGAACGCUUUCCUGCGAGAUGUUUCUAAUGCUCAGGCACGAAAAGUCGUGUAUCCGGCCUUCAAUUUUGGCGAUGAGGCAGAGCAUGAGUCUGAUGCGCCAUCCAUCUCAUAG